AUGUCACGUUAUUCUAGGCCACCAAACUCUUCACUUUUCGUUAGGAAUGUUCCUGACGAAGCUCGGACUGAAGAGUUGAAAUCCUUGUUCACGAAGUAUGGUCCGGUAAGUGAUGUCUACAUACCAUUAGAUUACUAUUCAAGAAGGCCCAGAGGGUUUGCCUACAUUCAAUAUCCUUUCCCUUUUUUAAUACAAGAUGCUAGAGAUGCCGAAGAAGCCCUGUACGCUCUCGACCGACAGAGGUUCAUGGGCAGGGAACUGGAAAUUGAAUUUGCCAAAGGGGACAGGAAAAGUAACCGAUGUUCAUUGUUAUCAUUUUAA